GUGAUUAUAUGCCAGUGGUUACCAGGCUUCGGUUCAUCGUGCUGCGUGUGAAGGUGUUAAGCGGAGGAAGUCUUUCAAUGCUGUUUGUUUUCUGUUCAGCUCGCUGCAUGAACUGGAACCACAGACUAGAUGUCAGACCAGCUUCCUCUUCGACAGUAACUUUUAUCUCUAUCGAUAACAAAUAUAAUUCAGAGAUUUUUCCUUGCAUUAACUUUCAUUGUAUUUUCUACGUGCAAGUGUGAUUAAGAAUCCCCCAGAACAGCAUAGUGAGAGAAGAUAGGACUCACUAUGAAUUUAAGAUCAGCAGCAAGAGGAUUUCUAGCUUUCCUUCUGUCAGUACCAGUGCUUCAGGGUAAUGAUGAAUGGACAGUUACUUACUCAUCUAGUAAUGUCUGCGCUUUAAGAGGAGCAACGUUUGACAUCAGCUGCACUUAUGAAUACCCUGACAACGUACAGCACCUCCUGACCAUAGUCAAUACACUGUGGUUUACUAAAGGAGACAAGUAUCAGCCAGUUGAUCUGGAAAACGAUACAGACUAUACAGGUCGUGUUGAAUCCAGCUGUGAAGAUGUCAGCUGUACCGGGUCCAGAUGUCAUGGAAAAUGUUCCCUGAGAAUCAAAGACCUGAGACAGAGUGACUCUGCUGUCUACAAGUUUAGGUUAACAACAAACCAACCAGGUGGGGAAUAUACUGGUGACCCUGGAGUGACUUUAUCUGUAACAGACCUCCAGGUGAAGGUGUCCUUUCUUUACCCUACCGAUCCUACCAGGGUAAAGUUGGAGUGUCACAGUAUGUGUAAUCUAGCUGGUGACCCUCGCUACAUCUGGUUCAGGAAUGGACAGAAUGUACUACAGGGAAUUAACUACUGGAUCUACAUUCAGUAUGGAUACAACUAUUCAUGUGCUGUUGAAGGAUAUGAACAUUUCCUCUCUCCUUUAGUGUAUUCUCCAAAGACCCCCUCAGUGACUGUGAGUCCCUCUGGUGAAAUAGAGGAGGGCAGUUCAGUGACUCUGAGCUGCAGCAGUGAUGCCAACCCAGCAGCUAACUACACCUGGUUCAGGGUUAAUAGAGAUGGUUCCUCCAGGUACAUGAACCAGGGACAGCAGCUCAUCUUUAAACUGAUCCUAUCUUCAGACUCUGGACAAUUUCGCUGUGACACUGUGAAUAAACUAGGGGAAAGAUCGUUCUCUAUCUCUAUUAACGUAAAAUAUGGUCCUAAACACAUAUCUGUGUUAUCAAGUCCCUCUGGUGGAAUAAAGGAGGGCAGUUCAGUGACUCUGAGCUGCAGCAGUGAUGCCAACCCAGCAGCUGAGUACACCUGGUUCAAGAACAACCAACCUCUGCUCUGGGGACCAAGACAACCUCAUACCUUCCCCUCAGUCCGUCCUGAAGACAGAGGAACGUACCGCUGUCAAGCAGAGAACAAAUAUGGACAACUGAGCUCGAACUUGCUAUUCAUGGAUGUCCAGUAUGAGUGGAAUAUUGGACUAAUAUGUUAACAUCUUUUCUAUAUCUUGUCUUUAAAAUGUAGAGCUGGCAUUCAUGUAUUACUACUUGCCUGUAAACAACAUUGACUCACUUAUUAUACUAGUAUACCCAAGUGGGUGCUACACACUGGUGGUGGUUAGUGAGGUCCCCCUUCCCUGUAAAGCGUCUUACAGUGUCUAGAAAAACACUAUAUGAAUUCAAUCCAUUAUUAUUAUUAUUGCAGUUUCAUGACUUAAGGAUGGAUAUUUUUAUUUUGUGUUCUUGACAGACGCUCCAAAGAACCCCUCGGUGACCGUGAGUCCCUCUGGUGAAAUAGAGGAGGGCAGUUCAGUGACUCUGAGCUGCAGCAGUGAUGCCAACCCAGCAGCUGAGUACACCUGGUUUAAGGAACAUGAAGACUCAGUGAGAGAAUCAGGACAGAACCACACCAUCACUAAUAUCACAUCUGAGCAUGGAGGAAACUAUUACUGCCAAGCCCAUAAUGCAAUCGGACUUCAUAAUGCUACCUUUUUGUUAAUCCAAGUUUGUAUUCAGUGUUUGAAAUCGAAAUCAACAUCAUGGACAACAGUCGCAGUGAGAACCAUUGUUGCCUUACUGGCCACCGUACUCCUCCUCGGCUUCCUCUGGAUGAG